UCUGGCAACACCUCAAAGCGGAACUGUUCUGUUAACGUCUACAUUGGUUUAAAAUCAACUUUUUUUUUUCAUUUAUUAUAUUUGCAAUAUAAUUUCAACCGUCUUCUUCAAACAUAGCAAACUGUUAUGGAAGGAUUGAUGAGAAAGUUUCAUGUCCUUAUACAUUUUUUAUGAGACAACUGGACUUCCGAGAAAGUACAGCCCAGGUUACAGCCUAUGCAAAGUGAAAACUUGUUUAAAGGUAGCUUAUGUUGCUUGCUCUUGGUAGCUGUGGUCAGCAGGGUACAGUUUUCUUAGCUUAACUAACGUUACAUACCUGAGGUCUUUGCAAAACAUGGAUGUUGAAAAGUAUUUGGCACGUAUCGGCUGUUCGGGACCAUGUCCUCCGACACUGGAGACGUUGCGAUACGUUCACCUGAAUCACUUAAUGACAGUUCCCUUUGAGAAUCUCACCAUUCAUAUCGGAGAGCGGGUCAGGCUCGAGUUGCCACUUUUAUAUGAAAAAAUCGUCGUCAUGCGCCGUGGAGGAUUCUGCUAUGAGAAUAAUGGGCUCUUCUCGUGGCUUCUGUCUCAGAUGGGCUUUGACGUGACUGUUCUCUCCGCACAGGUCAGGAAUCAGUUCACCGGUGCUUACGGACCUCCGUUUGACCAUUUCAUCAUGAUGGUCAAGCUGGAUGGACACAGAUGGCUCUGUGAUGUAGGGUUUGGAUCCGGAUUCCAGCUCCCCCUCUCUCUUGAGACCGACAGUCCUCAAGUCCAGAGCCACGGAGUGUAUCGCCUCAGAUCUCAGGGAAACUUCAUUUUCAUGGAAAUGAAAUCUGUGACUGAAGUGGUUGGAGAAGAAUGUUGGACGGAACUGUACAAAUUCACUCUGGAGCCACGUGAAAGAGAUGACUUCAGAACCAUGUGUGGUUACCAUCAGAGUUCUGCCAGCUCGAUUUUCUUCUGCAAGUCUCUCUGUUCACUCUUACUGCCCACUGGAAGAAUCACAAUCAUGGGCCACAGGUUGAUUAGAACCAGUCUGUCCUCAGUUGAGGGACAACAAGCUACAAAAACCACUACAGAGCUUUCAGAUGGAGAAAUCACAGAGUUGUUGAGAGAAAAGUUUGAAAUUGUUCUUCAUUCUCCACUCACUCCAAAAGAUGUUGAGAUUGUACCACCACCAGUUACUUAUUGAUUGUUUGUUAGGUCCCUCUUGAUUUUUAAGUAUAUCUAUUUUUGUUCUCUCCAUUAAACACACAAGGAAGAAAUAUUAAAUUACUUUGUAGUGUACUCUAGUUCUUGUAAGCAAUUACUCAGGCCAUGAAUUGUAAUUAUUUAUAGGUCUAUCCAGAUUAAGCUGUUAACUUUGAAGUGCCUUUUCCAAUUAGUAAAAUUAUUUUAAGUACAUUUAUCUUUAAGCGUCAGACAAAUUAUGUAUUUGUGUUAAUAAAGUAAUAACAUUUUGAAUUAAAAUGAAGUUACUGAAAUUUUGUUGAUGUGUUAAGAAAAUGCAUUCAAUCCCAGUGAAGGUGUGAGCUUCAUUGUUCCAGUGUUAUUUACGUAUCCUCUAUAUACUAUUAC